AGUUAUGCUGUAGCAUGUAUAUUUAUUGUAAUUACAUUUGCUACAGUGUUAUUAAUUAUGUUUUUAAAUGAUGAUAGGUAUAAUUCAGGAUUAAAAGAGAAAGUACCAUUUACAUAUGGGGGUUCAAUGGCUGGUUAUAAGCAAUAUUCUCCAGAGUCAAAGGCGUUUCAAGUAAUUUUUGUAAGUGACGAUGACAAAUACAAUCUAGAUUCAACAAAAAAACAACAUAUUUGUAAAGUCCAUUUUGGAAUGUUAUUUAAAGAAAAAGAUGAGUGGACGUUUAGUGAAUCUGUUUCAAAAGGAUUUGAUGUUGUUUCUAACUAUUUGUAUAAAACAAGAGGAAAUGAGAUGUCUGAAAUAAUUCAUUUUUAUGAUACAUUAUUUGUCUUUGAUGAUAAGACUGGUAUUGGACAUCAACUAGAUAUUAAGAACAAAAAGUUUUAUGCACGUGUGAUUAUGGCUGAUGGAAAUGGAACAAGUGAUAGUGCUUUUAAACCAGAAUGGGCUACUAUUGUUGAUGAUACAUUAUAUUUAGGAAGUCAAGGAUUAGACUCAUUAAAUGUAGAUGGAGUUAUUGGUAGAUCAAAUAAAUAUUACGUUCAAAAGGUUAAGAAAAAUGGAGUUUAUGAAACUGUUGAUUUUUCUUUCGUUUAUAAGACAAUUGAUAAUUUAUUAGGUGUAUCAUCACCAGGGUACACUUCUAUGGAAGCUGUAGUAUUUUCAAAUAUUAAUAGAAAGUGGUAUUUUGCACCAAGAAAAAUAAGUAAUAUUGCAUAUAAUGAAACAUAUGAUAAUCUUUAUGCAAGUGGAAAAUAUGUUGUUGAGUUUGAUGAAAAUUUCCAAAAUCCUAGAGUUUUUACAGACUCACAGUUUAAUAAGUCUCAUGGAUUUUCAUCAAUUAAAUUAAUUCCAUAUCAAGAAGACGUUAUUCUUUAUUUAAAAACAUUUGAAAAUGAAGAUAAACUUGAAACUUUUAUUGGAAUGAUGAAUUUAGAAGGAAAACCAUUAAUGAAAGAGAAGUCAUUAGGGACAAAUAAGUUUGAAGGAAUUGAAAUAAUUCCACUUGACAUUUAA